UCUCGACACCAUCCAAGGAAGGUGGAAGGUGUGCAUAGCCAGAAAAGAUAGAAUCCGAAAGGUUUGCGGUGGUGAAGCACCUCGCGUGAUCCAGAGACUCACCUUCUCAAGGAUAAACGAGGGAAAAAGUCGGUGAUCAAGAUUUAUUGUUGUACGGAAAGACACACCGAUUCAUUCGCCAUGUAUAAGAUUGGAUUAGCGGUAUUCGUUUUAGCCCUCACUUUGGUACGUUCCGAACCACCGGUCAACUCGUAUCUGCCACCUAGCGGUGGUGGUCCCGGGAAUGGUAAUGGCGGAGGAGGCGGAGGACCGUCCAACGCAUACGGACCACCUGGUUUCGACGGGCAGAACGGGAUCGGAGGAGGCGAUAAUGGUCGAAACGGUCUAUCCAAUAGUUACGGAGUACCUACUGGUGGAAAUGGUUACAACGGCGAUGGUUCUGGUAAUGGAAGACCUGGCUCGAACGGUGGAAGAAAUGGGAAUGGUAGAGGAAAUGGUUUCGGUGGUGGUCAACCUUCCAAUUCUUAUGGGCCACCGUCGAAUGGACUCGGUGGAAAUGGAGGUCCGGGAGCGGGAAGACCGUCCAGCAGCUAUGGAGCACCUGGUGGAGGAAAUGGAUUCGCUGGUGGAAGCAACGGGAAAAAUGGAUUCGGUGGCGGUGGUCCAUCGAGCAGCUACGGUCCUCCGGAAAAUGGAAAUGGUUUUAAUGGUGGAAAUGGAAGUCCGUCCGGCCUCUAUGGACCACCAGGAAGAAACGGUGGAAACGGUGGAAAUGGUGGAAAUGGAGGACGACCAUCGGGAAGCUAUGGUACGCCUGAGAACGGAGGAAGACCUGGGGGACUUUAUGGAGCACCGGGCAGAAACGGGAAUAAUGGUGGUAAUGGUGGAUAUCCUAAUGGAGGAUUAAACGGUGGCAAUGGUGGAUAUCCUUCGGGAGGACCGGGUGGAAAUGGUGGUGGUAACGGUGGUUAUCCUUCUGGAGGCUCAAAUGGAGACAAUGGUGGUUAUCCAUCCGGUGGUAAUGGUGACGGUAAUGGAGCAGGUUAUGGACAAGAUGAAAAUAAUGAGCCUGCGAAAUACGAAUUCUCUUAUGAAGUGAAAGACGAGCAAUCUGGAGCUGAUUAUGGCCAUACAGAAAGCAGAGAUGGAGAUCGUGCACAGGGAGAGUUCAAUGUUCUGCUUCCCGAUGGUAGAAAACAAAUCGUCGAAUACGAAGCUGAUCAAGAUGGAUUUAAACCUCAAAUUAGAUACGAAGGUGAAGCAAAUUCUCAAGGAUAUGGAUCUGGAGGACCAGGAGGUAAUGGUGGAGAUAAUGGAUAUCCAACUGGUGGACCAGGAGGUAAUGGUUAUUCAUCGGGAAGGCCAAACGGCGGAUCUGACUUUAGUGAUGGAGGAUAUCCAUCCACAAGACCAAGUGGCGAGAAUGGUGGAUACAGAAACGGAAACAAUGGUGGCAAUGGUAAUGGAGGAUAUCCAUCUGGAAAUGGUGGCGAUGUCGCAGCUAAUGGAGGAUACCAAUAUUAAAUAUUUAUCUAGGUGUAACAACAUAUAUUGCGCGUAUUACAAGAAGGGAAUACAUGGGGCAACGUUUAUUAUAACGCACAGGAUAGUUUCUGUCUGGAACGGUAGAAACAGUUGUAUUGGGAACGAUAAU